UGUGCUCCUGGUUUAACAUCUGGAGAACAUCUGUGAAGCCACUCAGAACUGAUCGUCCACUUUGCUUUGUUUGCAGAUCCUGCAGGAAGCAUCAUGCUGAGACUGGUCGUAGCUCUGUGCGUCCUGGCCGCCGGCUGGGCUCAGGACUGUAGGGUCAGCGACAUCCCGGUCAAGGAGAACUUCGACAAGUACAGAUUCCAGGGAAAGUGGUACGCCGUGGCAAAGAAAGACCCGAGCGGGCUGUUCCUUCUGGAUAACGUGGUCGCCACGUACAAGGUGGAGCCGGACGGCAGGAUGACGGCCAGCGCCGUCGGCAGGGUCGUCAUCCUCAAUAACUGGGAGAUGUGCGCCCACAUGUUCGCCUCGUUCGAUGAGACCGCAGACCCGGCCAAGUCCAAACUGAAGUACUGGGGCGCCGCUUCCUACCUGCAGAGCGGAUACGACGACCACUGGAUCGUGGACACGGACUACGACAACUACGCCGUGCACUACGCCUGCAGGGAGCUGGACGUGGACGGCACCUGCCUGGACGGCUACUCCUUCAUCUUCUCCCGGCACCCGGGCGGCCUGAGGCCCGAGGACGUCAGGACGGUCACGCAGAGGAAGCAGGAGCUGUGCCUCCACGGCAAAUACAGACGGGUCGCACAUAACGGUUUCUGCGACGCUUAAAGCUGCCGUGUUUACCGAGCCGCCACGACGUAAACACGUCUGAACAAAUGUAAAUAAAAUAAAGUCCUCCGAAUGUAAUCCAGUAUUUAGCUUAAACAAAAUCAUAACAUUGUAUGAUGACAUUUUAAUGUACCUGAAUGUUUUUUUUUUUUCAAAUAAAGUGCUCUUACUGAGAA